AUGUAUUUCUUGAAAUUAUUUCUGGCGGUUAUAUUUAUAGUUGCGUGUAACGCAUCUGAUUCGCCACUGACCGGUUAUCACAAUCCAAAGGGUGUUGCUGUCGAUAACAUAAAGCAACAAAAAGUAUUGGAACUACUAACUGCUCAUUACAACUGGGCACACAAAAAUUUGUUACGUGCUUUGUCAAUUCUAGCUAAAAAGAUAAAUUACGUAGCUGAAGUCAUAAAAGCUACGCUCAAACGAAAUCCUACUAUUAAAAACGUACUCGGUCAUAGAUACAAAAGGAACGCCGACAUUACUACAGAAGAAACCCCAUCAAUUGUGAACGAAACUAAUGAUAACGAAAUUGUAAACGACUGCGAUUCAACUGGUUCCAAAUCAGAUUUGAAAUGUAACGCUGAAAUAAGCGGUCGAAGAUCAAUGGGAGGGGUUAUGGACACUAGUUUUAUAAAAGAUAAAUUACUGUUUUACGUACAAGAAAGCAUUCGUGAGAUCCAGAUGAAAGUCAAUUCAUUGGUAAGAGUUAAAGCAGCAUUUUCUAAUGUAGUUCCUUUCAGAAUGGGAUACAUAGUUGCGAAUAUUGAUACACUGGCUGUAAAUAUGAAAAACCUAAGACAAAAUAUGGAAGCAAACAAGAAUAUUUGGGACGAGAGACAAAUCCUCAAUGUUUAUGAUCGAUUGAAAAUAUCGAAUGCUAUAGUUUCCAAUCUGUUGGCUGUAUUGAGAGCAUACAUUGGGAGAGUUUGA